AUGGCCCGAAUUGUCGUCUACUUGGCGUGCGCUGUUACUCUUCUGGCCUGUUCGUCGUUAGCUUCUGCAGCCAUUGUCGAGCAUUCGUUUCAUGUGAAAAAUCUUACCGUAAACCGGCUAUGUCGUAAUCAAGUUAUUACCGCGGUUAACGGUAGCCUUCCCGGGCCAACCAUUCGAGUCCGCGAAGGCGACACUCUUAUCGUCCACGUUCUAAACAUGUCGCCUUACAACUUGACCAUUCAUUGGCAUGGUGUAUUUCAACUUCUAAGUGGUUGGGCCGAUGGGCCGGAAUACGCAACCCAAUGCCCCAUCCGGCCCGGACACAGUUACACGUACAAAUUCACGAUAACUCGACAAGAGGGAACUCUUUGGUGGCAUGCGCACGUUCAAUGGCUUCGGGCCACGGUUUAUGGAGCCCUAAUUAUCCGGCCCAGGUCCGGUCGGCCCUACCCGUUUCCAAAGCCUUAUAGAGAAGUCCCAAUUCUCCUUGGGGAAUGGUGGAAUGCUAAUGUGAUAGACGUGGAGAAUCAAGCCCUAGCUACCGGAGCUGCACCGAAUAUCUCAGAUGCUUAUACAAUUAAUGGUCAACCCGGUGACCUCUAUUCAUGCUCUUCAAAUAAAACAUACCAAUUGCACGUAGUACGCGGGAAAACCUACCUCCUCCGAAUAAUCAACGCUGCAAUGAACAAUCAGUUGUUCUUCAAAAUCGCGGCCCACAAAUUGACAGUUGUCGCUGUCGAUGCCGCUUACACGAACCCUUACUCGACUGACGUUGUAGUCGUGGCUCCGGGCCAGACUACUGAUGUACUACUCACAGCCGACCAAAGCCCAGCCCGUUACUACAUGGCGGCUCAUCCCUAUAUAAGUGUGGCCAAUGUCCCGUUCGACAACACCACAACCACAGGAAUCUUAGUCUACAAUGAUGCACCUUCAUCCGGGUCCUCCCGGCCCAUUAUGCCCGUCCUUCCGGCCUUCAAUGACACGCCCACGGCCCACAAGUUUUUCACGAACCUAACUGGGCUUACCACAAGCCCGUUUUGGCUACCCGUCCCGAACCGAGUCGACGAGCGAAUGUUCGUGACAGUAGGAUUGGGCCUUGCCGCCUGUGACAGGCCCGGGAACUCGACUUGCCAAGGCCCGUUCGGGAUGAGGCUCGCCGCGAGCAUGAACAACGCAUCUUUUCGGUUUCCGAACAAGUUGUCCAUGCUCGAGGCAUUUUUUAGGAAUAAUGUCAAUGGGGUUUACACCACGGAUUUUCCAGAUAACCCGCCCGUGAGAUUCGACUACACGAACGCGAACAACACCGUGAACCGAGCACUUUUGAAUACGACCAAAUCGACGAAGGUGAAGAAAGUGAAAUUUAAUUCGACGGUCGAGAUCGUGCUACAAAACACAGCUCUACUCGGAAUCGAAAACCACCCAAUACACUUGCAUGGGUUCAAUUUCUAUGUGUUGGCCCAAGGGUUUGGGAAUUACAAUGCCAAUGUUGAUAGUAAAAAGUUCAAUUUUCAAAACCCGCAAGAGAGGAACACGAUAGCCGUACCGGUUGGAGGAUGGGCCGUCAUUAGAUUCCGAGCGAACAAUCCAGGUGUGUGGUUGAUGCAUUGUCAUCUGGACGUGCACUUGCCGUGGGGUUUAGCGACGGCUUUUGUGGUGGAGAACGGGCCAACGCCGGCCACGACACUUCCGCCACCGCCGCUGGAUUUCCCCAAAUGCUGA